AUGUCGACCUCGGUGGAUGCCCCUCAGCAAUACAAGCAGCCUUCCCGCAAGGGCAAGAAGGCCUGGCGCAAAAAUGUCGACGUCACUGAAGUGCAGGAGGGUCUGCGUCAGCUGAAAGAUGCUGAAAUCAAAGGUGGUCUAGUCUCAGAGAAGCCUUCUGAAGAGCUGUUCACUCUCGAUACUACCGGAGCUCAAGAUCUGCGGCAAUCGAUCGCAAAGAAGCACAAGCCGCUCAAGGCCGACGAGAUCAUCGCACAGCGGUCUGCCAUCCCCGCAUUGGAUGGACGCAAGCGUGGGAAUUCAAAUGUCACCGAUGGAGUUAUCGAGCCAAAGACGAAGAAGUACAAGAAUGACUGGGUCAGCCGCAAGGACUACAUGCGCUUGAGGAAGGUGGCGCAGGAUGCGAACCCGAUCAACGAGAAGGGUAACAACGAGAUUUAUGAUCCCUGGGCGGAGGAUGUCGAUGAGUCUCCUGUCUAUGAGGACCCUCGAUUUGAUUUCUUGGUGAAGCCUAAGACGAAGGUCGCCCCAGAGACUUUGAAGCACGCACCCAUAUCACUCGCCGCCAACGGAAAGGCCAUCCCCUCAGUGCGCAUGCCUCAUGCAGGAACCAGCUACAACCCCGUAUUUGAAGACUGGGACAAUCUCCUGCAGGAGCAUGGUGAGAAAGCAGUCGAGGUCGAGAAGAAGCGCCUCGAAGAGGAAUUGAAGGAAAAGGAAAAGCAACGGUUAAUUGCCGAAGCCGGGGAUGACGACGGUGAAGUGAAGUCCGACGAUGAGAGCGCGUGGGAGGGCUUUGAGAGCGAAUACGAGAAGCCAGAGUGGCUUAACAAGAAGCGGCCCGAGAGAAAGAGCAAAACCCAGCGCAACAAGAUCAAGCGCCGCAAGGAGGCUGAGAGGCAGGCGAAAUGGGAUGAGCAGAAGGCCAAGAAAGACGCACAAGCUGAGCGUAUUGUGGAGCUCGCUGAGCUCGCCAAGCUGAAGGAACUAGAGCGUGAAAACCAGUCUGAUGCUGAUGACUCGGAGGAGGGAGAUGAGACCGUCCUGCGACGGAAGCCUUUCGGCGGCAAGCUUGCAGCCCCAGAGCAGCCAUUGGAGCUGGUUCUCCCCGACGAGCUGCAGGAGUCUCUGCGUCUGCUGAAGCCCGAGGGCAACCUGUUGGACGAUCGCUUCCGCACGCUCAUCGUCCAAGGUAAGCUCGAGUCCCGAAAGCCGGUGACACAGGCUCGCAAGGCGAAGAGAAAGAUUACAGAGAAGUGGAUGUCUAAGGACUUCAAGGUUCCUGGGUUCGAGUAA